GCAAUGUGAAAUUGGCCGUAUAAUUAUAGUAUAGCUCUUUCUAAAACACUUCCGUAUCACUACGUAUAAAAUUGAUUCAUCGAGUUCCUUAUUGUUCAUAAGUUCAGGUCUUUACUACGUGGAAUUCAAACCCGUGAAUUAGAUGAUGUGAUAUAUUUUUAUUAAAGAAGAAUGCUGCUACUGGUCUUACAAUUAUUGGUGUGGUUUGCGUAUAUCGAGGAUGUAGUGAUGGGAUGUAGACCACACAGUUUCCCACACUGUCCUGGAUGGGGCAGCUGUUCAGAGCCAUGUGGAGGAGGAAGGCGGGGACGGACUUGUCAAUCAUGUGUUUUUAGGAUUAACAGAUAUUUCGAGGAGGACUGUAACCAGCAUUGCUACAACGGCGGAUGGUACGGUUCUGGAGGAUGUAAUUGUCCUUCGUGGAGAUCUGGAAGGUGUUGUCAAUAUUGUAGACACAUUUAUAUAGCCCACUGUAAAUCUGGACAGAAGAGAUGUGGAGGAUCUCCUGACAGUAUUGAAUGUACAGAAUGUGAAGAUGGUUACUACGGUGCUGGAUAUGGAAAUGGCUGUAAAGAGUGUUCCCAUAUUUAUCAGUGUAGAAGAAGAAGAUGUACUUCAUAUUCGAACACAAAGUGCAUUGAGUGCUACAAUAAUAAGAUAUUCUACAAGACUACCAACGGAGGCCGCCAGUGUGAACGUAAGUUGUUUGACAAACAUUCUUUUUAAUGUUUGAUUGUCACUUGAUAAACUUAUAAGGGGAAAAUAUCUAUAUGAUAUUAAAAUCAACAUGCAGAUCCAGUUAAAAUAAUCAAGACUAAGGCUUUAGUUUUUGCUAGCUAACUUCAAGUUUAAUUGUGGAUUUUAAAAACUAAAGUUAAAAUUUGGAUUAUAUAGAGGAUAUUUGUUUGUUUGUGUGUAAGAUGAAAUUUUAUUUCAUCGAGUGGGCUUUAAAAACAGUAUUCUCACGAGUGGCGUAGCCACGAGUGAGAAUACUGUUUUUAAAGUUCACGAGAUGAAAUAAAAUUACAUCUUACACAACAACAGACAAGUUUUCUUUUUAUUUUAUGCUUUAAAACAAGUUAAAACGAAAUUUCCAUAAUUUUAACGUUAAUAUUAAAAUCUGUUUCCCCCAUUGAGAGCCCCAUUUAGAGGGAAUUUCUCAUUAAAAACAAGAAGUCUUGAGCUGAAAAAUAAGUCCGCCAAUCAAGGUUAAAUGACGGUGAUAUUUAUUAAUUUUAUUAAAAAAAUAUGAAUGAUCGCUUGUUUUAAUAAUAAAAACAAACGAUUCUUGUAGGAGAAAAAGUCCAACCAUCAAUCCAUAUUUCUGUUACUUACUGCGAAUUUAUAUUAGACCUGGCUUUGUAAAAUGUAAGCGGCAGCCAUUUUUUAAAGUUGUGUAUUUCAUGGGAGGAAAAUAAUUGUGUAAGAUUCAGAAGGAUAUAAUUUGGAUUUGUUAGUCAUACACCUUUUUAAAA